AUGGCAAGCGAAGACAUUGACCUGCUGCUGCAGGACGGUAUCCAGGCCGCGGCGACGACGGCUCGUUACCCGCAGAAUACGAGGAACGGAGACACUGACAGCCGAGCUGGGGAACACGACCGACGUCGCUCGUCCAGUCGUCGUUGCAGGUCGCACAGUCGCAGCCACUCGCGUCGUCGCCAUCGAGAGCGCUCUCGGUCUCGACCCAAAAGUCGCCGACGUGCACGUCGCUCUCGCUCGCCACAUCGCAGUCGCGGGAGUCCUCGACGAGACAGAGGACGCAGCCAUAGUCGCAGUAGAGAACGACCCUCGAAGAAAAGUCGUAGCCGGGAACGGCCGUCGCGAAAGAGUCGCAAGAGCAAGAGUCGAUCGCGCUCUGCGCCGCCAGUCGAGGUGCGCGAGCGCAGCACGUCGGCAGAACGGGCGGAACGGGCUAAGCAGCGUGAGCUCAUGGAGCUCACUCGUGACCAUCGUACCGUGUUUGUGGGCCAGCUGACGCAAAAGGUGCGCGAGAAGGAUCUCGAGCGGUUUUUCACCAAGAUUGGCAAAGUGGAGAGUGUGCUCUUGAUCCGCGACAAGUUUACCAAUCGCUCCAAGGGCUUUGCGUACGUAGAGCUGUCGAAUUUGGAAGAUGUCCCCAAAGUGCUGCUGCUGAACGGACAGGUGCCGGAUUUUCAGGUGUUUCCCAUUAUGAUCAAAGCCUCGGAAGCCGAGAAGAACUUUGCUGCGAAGAAGGACUCGGUGGUGAACGCCGCCACGGCAGCAAGCUCAACUCUACUUUCGGUUAAUGCUUCGGGUGCAGGUAUAGCUGGCGCGAUUGCUGGUGGCGGUGCCGCCGGGAUGUCGGCGUCGGCACUAUCUGCGGCAAGUCGCAUCUAUUGCGGCAACCUCCACACGAACAUUACAGAGGAUGACUUGCGGAUCGUGUUCCAGUCAUUUGGCGAAGUGUUGUCGGUGACUAUAAACCGCGACGAAAUGGGCCGCUCGAAGGGGUUUAGCUUUAUUCAGUUCAGUAGCCCACAGGAAGCUAACUUUGCAUUGUCCAAAGGGAACGGACUCGAGCUUGCAGGCAACUACUUGCAUCUCGGUCCCGUGAACGAAAAUGCGAUGGGUGGCGGGAAAAGAGGCGUAAACGGAGCAGGUGCAGGCGGUGCAGACACUGGUGGUGCAGGCGGGCGAUGGAAGCUAGAGGACGAUGAAGGCACGGGACUCAGCAUGAAUGCGCUGUCACGCUCGGCGUUGAUGGCCAAGCUCGCUGGCAAUGACGUGAAUCUGUUUCCCAUGGCGAUGGGAAGUAGCGUCCGAAGCGCUGCGAGCUAUUCCGUGUCUACCACUGACAUGACCAACAGCAUGGCUGCAAGUGCUGCACAGCGGGCGGAGCAAGCAGCGGCACUGAUGUCCUCGACGGAGAUUGAAGGAACCGAGUCGUUUUGUUUCGUGGUGAAGAAUAUGUUCGAUGUGUACCAGGAGCAGAAGAGCGGGAACUUGGACUGGUCCGUGGAGAUCCAGCAGGACGUGGAAGAAGAGUGUGGGCAAUACGGGCCGGUACUGCACACGUACGUUGAGAAGGAGAAGCAGGGCGGACUCGUGUACGUGCUAUUCGACAACGUGGCCAGCGCCAUAUCGGCCGCAAAGAAGCUGCACGGCCGCUGGUUCAACAAGCGUCAAAUCAGUGUAAGGUACUUGUCGUCGCAGGAGUAUGUCGGCAUGUUUCCCGAAGCCCGGUCUGCUGUACAGACUGCGCGUGCCAAGAGCUCCCAGUGA